AUGUCAAACUCUGAAUAUCAAUCCACUUCUGAGUCUAGGUCCUCCUUAGAGCAAACCAUAGAAGACCUAUCAAAAAAUGUCCGUAAUUUAAUGGAUAGGGUUGAUCAAAUUGAAGCAUCUCAAAGAGAGACCGUUAACCAUGAAGGAGAUAACCUGCUUAGGCAAAAUCACCACGGUUACUUUCAUAGGGUUCCAAACUUUGAACAUGAUCACUAUAAUCACAACGACCCUAGGGAUUAUGAUGAUAGAAUGUUCAAGGAAAAGAUAGAAGCACCCACCUUUGACAGCUACCUAGACCCAUGGGUUUUCACUGAUUGGUUAUGUCAGAUGGAUAAAUUCUUUGACUACUACCAUUGGGCUGAGAAUAAGAAAGUGAGGUAUGAUAGGAUGAAGUUAAUUGGAAGAGCAGACCUUUUCUGGGAGGACCUUGAGGAUAGCAUUAGGCGACGACAUAAGCCCCCCAUUACUGAUUGGCUUGAGAUGAAGGGUGCACUCUCAAGGAAUUAUCUUCCUUCAACUUAUAGGAGCUCCCUCCUUGAGGAAUGGGAUUGCCUAAGGCAAGGUACUGCUCCUGUGGCUGAGUAUAUAGAAAAGUUCAAGGAGUUCAAGAGGCGAAUUCGAAUAGUCGAGAAAGAGGUUGUCACACUCAAUAGGUUUAAGAAAGGUUUAAAUGCUAACCUACUAGGUGAGAUUAUCACCCGAGGAGUCACUACCUUAAGAGAAGCAUAUGACCUCACUAGGAAUUGUGAAUUAGCAUCCAAAUCUAUCUUUUGGCGACGUUCUGAGCCCCGAAGUAUUCCCUCCAACCCUCAACCUUUUGGUAGCAAAUCUAGACUUGCCUUACCCCCUAAGGUCAACCCCAAUAGCACCCCAAUAGAAAAAGAGGACAAGGGAAAAGAGGGUGAUGAAAAGGUAGAAGAUGUUGAGGAGCUGGUGUAUGAUCCAAAUGUUGAAGAAACCCAAGAUGUUGAAGCAGAAUGGGAAGAUGAUCCUAGCUAUCUCGCAUGCAUUAGAGCCAUUUCUCCCCAAGUUGAUGACUCCAAGAACUUUGGUGUCCCUAGAGUGAAUGUGGUUAUCAUAGAUAGUGGAAGUUGCAUUAAUGCAGUGUCUUCUAACGUUGUUUCCCGCCUAGGCUUGAAAUUGACCCCACACCCCAACCCAUAUAAAGUUUCUUGGGUGGAUACUUCCUCCAUAGCCAUAAAAGAAAGAUGUGUUGUCCCACUUCAAUUCCUCACCUACAAGGCUGAAAUAUGGUGUGACGUAAUUCCCAUGGAUGUAGGGCAUAUCAUCUUAGGUAGACCUUGGCUGUAUGAUCUGGAUGUCACCCUUCAUGGGCGAUCCAAUUCUUGCUCAUUUAUGUUUGAAGGUAAGAAGAUUGUGCUCAAUCCUUUGAAACCCAAGCCAAUUGGCAUGAGCAAGAAGACAGAAGCACCAAAGGCGAAAGGCCUGAACAUCAUAAGCCCAAGGGCAUAUGAAAGGGUAGCAAUUCAAGAGUCCACUGUGUUUGUCUUAGUUGCCAGGGAACUACGUGGAGAGACCAGUGAGGAGCAACCUAAAGAAGUGAGGGUUCGUUCGGGUGAUGAGUGGAAAACUGUCUUCAAGACGAAGGAUGGUUUAUAUGAGUGGAUGGUGAUGCCUUUUGGAUUGUCCAAUGCUCCUAGUACCUUUAUGAGAGUGAUGACUCAAGUGCUCAAGCCUUUUAUAGGGAAAUUCUUGGUUGUGUACUUUGAUGACAUCCUCAUCUAUAGUAAGUCUAGGGAGCAACACUUAGACCACCUAACUCAAGUUUGUACUACCCUUAGGAAGGAGAGUCUAUAUGGCAACCUCAAGAAGUGUUCUUUCUUCACUAAUAGAGUCGUCUUCCUAGGUUUCAUAGUGUCCUCUGAGGGAGUUUCUGCCGACCCCUAA